AAUAUUUCUUAUGAAAAUGCAAAAUUAUCUCGUUUUCACAUUCUAUUUCAAACUCAAUGAUGUGCAACAAACAAAAUUCCAUUUUUGCCAAAGAAUGGUGGGGAUCAUCGUUUUUCUUUUCUAUUUCGUUAGUAAUUUUAUAAAAUACACUGAAAUGCACCAAAAACAAUCUAAAGCUUACCAAAUAAGAGUCGAAAGAGAACUCGACAAGCUUUUCAAAUUACCGGGAAAUGAUCGUUGUGCUGACUGUGGAGCGAGAAAUCCACGCUGGGCAUCUUACUCGUUAGGUGUGCUCUUAUGCGUACGAUGUGCUAGUCUACAUAGGAAAAUGGGUACACAUAUCUCUAAAGUAAAGUCAGUGAGUAUGGACUGUUGGACAUUGCAAGAGAUUCAGAAUAUAGAAGCGCUCGGCGGAAACCAGGCAGUCAAUAAGCAUGUCAACUUCAAAGCAAAAUUGCCCCUGACAACGGAUGAUGAUUUAUUAAUGGAGAAGUUUAUAAGAGAUAAAUGGGAAAAGAAGCUAUUCCAAGAGCAACUUGAAAUAACAGAAGAGCAUAUUGUACCGACGCCAACAUUAAGUAGCACAGAGAGUUCUGAAAUAUCUUCACCCGUACCACAAGGACGACAACUAUCAUCGACGCAACAACAUCAGGUGCCUCCCCCUAGUAUAUCUUUAUAUUCAUCGUCACAGUCGCAGCUCCCUAGUACUUCUACAACAGUAGAACAGCAAUCACCUACAAAGUAUUAUUCUCGCUCAGCCACAAUGCCUACUACUUUGAACCCUGCAAAUCCAUUUAAUAUUUUAGUGAACAGUAGCAAUAACAAUGCUCAUAGCACCUUCAAUAACAACAAUCCUUUUAGAUCAUAUGCACACACAUCGUCGCAAGACCUUGUUGAUAAUGCUGUAUCAAGCAAUAACAGCGUUAAUACCCAGCAACAACAUUUAUAUUCUGAUUCUAGGCAUAACGGGCCCAUCCGAGCCAGCACUCUACCUAUCAUUUCAACUACAUCGCACAAUCCAUUCCUUCCACAACAUCAACAUACAAUAAUCCAGCCGCAAUCAACAGAACAACCGCCACUUUGGUAGCCUUCGAGACCACGUUAGAUUGUACAUAGAUUGGUUCGAGUAGUAUGUCUGCUUCUUAAAGCUACUGAACUAAUCACUAUUUCUGAAUGCUGCCCUGUUCUUUUUAAUAAACUGAACAGCUGAAAUGACAUUGGAUUUUAAAAGUUAACAUGGAUACUGUAUCAAAAAAUUAUAUCAUUUAUUUAUGCCUGACUUGCUUGCAGUAUGAUUACCGGUUAUAAUGUAACCAUUUCUGCAGCAAAUGAUCAUAUACUAUUCAAGAUGUUAAAG